AUGUUGGAGUCGAUCGGGUAUCUUACUCCUGAUAUCAAAGCCGGACGUGGCCAUGAGAUAGUUGAGGUCGAGAGAUUGACCGGAACAAAGUACCGAGUAAGUGUGGUUUGGGAUCACGGACAGGAUAAAGAGUCUAAAGACGUCUCCGUUCAAAGCUUAAAGGCACCCAAAGAUUCAACUCGUGUCAGCACGAUCGACUAUGCCGCAGGUAACUGUGUCUUCUUUGUGAUGAGUCUCUUCGUAUGGUUUGUCGAUAUUGAGCUUUCAGCAGACAGGGACCGAAAUUUUGGAAUCAUUAAUCUGCCUAUUAGAGCUGAAUCCACCUUAGGAGAGCCACUUCUAAGGUUUCCUGGCUCCCUCUGUGCAGGUUGA